CUUUAGUGAAUAACCCUGUGAAAGAAAAACAAAAGGAGACACACUGUCCCUUUAACACAGGUUUCCAUGACUACCCCUGGUAGCAUCCUCCUCACCGAUCGCUAAGUUACGCUUUUUGGACUGCAGGCUGACCCGUAGUUGUAGCUUGAUGGAGAAAGAAGCGGUAGCCAAGAUGGCUGCGUCCGCGGACGGGCAAGCUCGGUACGGGCACUCCGUGAAGGGUUUGCUCACCGAGAAGGUCGGUACGUGCGGCGCGGACGUCAUCGCGCUCACCAAGCAGGUGCUGAAAGGCUCGCGCAGCUCGGAGGUAAGGGCGAGCGGCGGCCAUCACACUGCAUCUCGGCCGGUGGGCGGGGCUAGUCCUGGUUAUGCGCCUUAUACAGCGACGAACUACGUUUCCCGUGAUGCUCUGUCAUCCGCUCAUCUGACUGAGCAUCACGGGAAACGUAGUCCAUAUAAAUCUAUCUGUAUUGCUGCUAGUCCUUACAGAAGGAAAAUGAUUCCUAAAAUGUGUUUAAUUUUCAUCUUCAGUACUCAGUAACAAAAACAGCUUUAAAUAAAACUUGAAAAGUGUCUUUGUUGUAAAAUAAGCAGAUUCAGAGUUUCCCUGUUGCUGAUAGCUUGUAAAAGAGAUUUUUUUAGAGUGCCUGUUAGCCCCAAACUGAUCAUUUCUGUAAGGCUGUAAUUACACGGUGUGUGGUCAGGGUGCCCACAUACCACAGGCUUCCUGGAAAUCUACAGGCUGGGUUCCAGAUGGGCAGCAAAUGAAAAGUGUUGCCCUGUACUAUGUAGCACUGAAAUGCUGCAAUAAUUAAAGGGACACUGUAGCCACCUAGACCACUUCAGCUCAUUGAGGUGGUCUGGGAGCAGUGUGUCCUUAUCACAGGUAGUGCUGCAAUGCAAAAAAUUGCAGUUAUUAUUUAUAUAGCGCCAUUAAAUUUCAUAGCGCUGUACAAUGGGCAGUUUCUAUAGAAACAGCAAUGUUUAUAUUGCAGCUCUAAGUCUGCCCUCAGUGGCUCCCUACCAGACAGCCACUAGAGGGCUUCCCGAAUUGAAGCGGAUCUUUGGUCUGGUAUCUGGCGCUGGACGACCUAACGCUCUGCAGGAGGACCUCUAGCGUCAGAUUUUUUUCCCUACAGGAAAGCAUUGAUUCAGUGCUUUUCUAUGGGUUGGUCUAAUGUGUGUGCAGCAUUUGCCGCGCAUGCACAUUAGAGCUGGAUUGUUGCAUGAUGUCGAGGGACAUGCGCAUUGGGAUAAGGUGAGUAAUUAAAGGGUUUUUAACCCUUUAUUCACCCGGGCAGGGGGGCACAAGGUAGGGAGGAGGUAGAGGGAGAGAUAGUGCCAGGAAUACAGUUUUGCAUUCCUGGCACUAUAGUAUCCCUUUAAAUUAAUGGGACACUCCAGACAAAUAAAUCACUUUGGCUUGCCUAAAUUCAUUUAAUCAGCACCUUCCCCACCUCCCGAAAAUGAGUAUUUCAUAUUUUUUGUCUAUGAAUUUCUCCUGUGCCUGACUUUCCUAGACUCAGGGCAGAGCUACAGAGUCAAUCCCGACAGUCGUCACUAGUGCUGGAGGUAAUUUGCGCUGUAGACAUCAUUGCUGUACUCUCAUGCAUGUGCGAGAGUACAGCAAUGACAUCAGCACCAGGAGCUGAAGAGGAGCAGACCAAGAAAAUGGCAGCGUCCACAAGGGACAGGUUCCGGUAAGUAAAUGUCACUUUUACUUGCCCUCCUGGCCAUCAGACCCCCAGUGGCACUGUCACCAUCGGGGGCUUUACAAAUUCAGCAAAGUCCCCAGACGGUGACAGUGCUGCCUUAAAGGAUCACUAUAGUGUCAGGAAAACAAACCCGUUUUCCUGACACUAUACAACCUUUAGGGUCCCCCCACCCUCAGGGUCCCCCUCCCUUGGUGCUUAAUCCAGCGCCGGGCUCCCUCAGCGCUGGUGACCUCGCCUCCCCCGCCGACUUCAGCUCCUGAGUGGAGCGGAAUGCGCAUGUGCGUCAAGAGCCGCGCGCGUGUUCAAACAGUCCAUAGGAAAGCAUUUCUCUGAAACUGCUAUGUUUACAUCUGAAGGGUUAAAACCUGGGGGACCUGGCACCCAGACCACUUCAUUGAGCUGAUGUGGUCUGGGUGACUAUAGUGUCCCGUUAACAAUGUUAUAUCCCCUGCGUGUUAAUCAGACAGCCAGUCCUGUUACUUCCGGGUUUGUUUAGCUAAGUGAAGCUAAAUUUAAGAGGCAGCAAUUGCUCGGAGCACUUGACUUGCAAAGUCUUUUAAUUGAGCUACAUUGGAAGUCUGUGAUUGGACAGAGAAAGUUUGACCGAGGUUAUAAAGGGAGGGCUUCCAAAGGCAAAAAACAUUAUUUUUUCAUUUUAAAAGCAUAUUAUUAUUAUAUAUUAAUAUUGCAUUAUUAUGGGUUAUAUUAUCAUAUAGUUUCUAUUUAAUUAUAUUGAUUGUUAAUGCCUGCAUUUGUAUAAGUGGAGGUUGUUAAUCAAUAAGUAGUUUAAACUACAUCUAACCACAUAGCAAGUAAUUUAUUAUUCUGCUUCACUAUGAGUUUAAUUCACUAUUUAGUUUAAUUUGUGUUUUGUCCAAAAUAACAAAUUGCUGUUUUGUGUAUAUUUACCAAUAUUAUGUAAAUAUCUGUCCUGCCAGUUACCAAGCCCAAAUUCAUAAGUACACAGACUUCACAUUUGAAACUGUAGAAAUUGUUUUUUUUAAAUUUAAUUGGAAAUUUAAUUUAAUUUUUAAUAUUUCAUUUUUUUCUUUGCAAUUUAGCUCCUUGGCCAAGCAGCCCGAAAUAUGGUUAUGCAAGAAGAUGCCAUUUUACAUUCUGAAGAUGUAAGGAAAACUGUUGUAAAUAUGAAUAGAUCUAAUGUCAGUGUAUUCCGUUUGAUACCUAUUGUGUGCAUUUCACUUGAAAAUUGCUGAUAAUGUUUGGCUAUAGUUUCUUGUGAUUUUUAUUUUUUUGUUUUCAUUUUUUAAAAAUUACAACCUUGCUUGUAUAAUCUAUAGGUUAGUAGUGACCGAUUAAAGACAGAGAUGCAUCAUGGGAAGUGUACUUUAUAAAUAUUUGAAGGUGCCAAGAGUAGACAUCGUUGGUGUCGGUUUUUUUAACGGGUUAGUGAAAACACCAUGACCACAUCUGUGUUUUGAAGUGGUCAUGGUGCAAGGAGUCUAUAUGUGAAACGCAGCACAUGCAGAGAUUUUUGAUCAAGAUUCCGGAGAUGGAACUAUUUUUCAAAUCAGACACUGUUCCUCCAUCCUACCUCUGUUCCUCGGUCCGUCGCUCAGUGUUCCUACCCAGCCCAGAGCGAGGGCAACUGCCUCACAUGCACUCUCGGCCCAAUAAUGCAUCUCUACAAAAAGCAUUUCAUUAACUACAAAUUGUUUGACAUAACUGGAUGACAUAAAUGAUGGCAAAACUUUGGCUACAGGGAGAACUUGGCCAUAGAGUAACUCUUUCUUUUAUUAAUGUGCAUGAUUGAAUUCCCCCCAUUUUAAGUUUAUGUAUGAGAUUAGCUAAUACAUUGCGCAGUCUGGAGGAAUGGCUUAUUAGUUUUUUGUAUUAGUUAUUCUGUGUUCCCACAAAAUAAAUGCUAAUAGACAACUUAUUGACACACUUUGUUUAAUGUCUCACCUUCUUAAAGAUGAUAUCUUUGUUUCUCUAAUAGUUCCUUGGUGAAAUGUUUUUUUGGCUUCUUCUGCAAGGAGCUGCAUUAACGGAAGCUAUCGUGUUAGAGAUACAAAGCUGUAUUCCUUAUAUUACAGUGUCCCACUGCCCCCCACAGACUCCCCCAUUUUCUGGCAAUGAAAGAGUUAAUCCUUUAAACACUUUGCUUAUUCCAGCACUGGGGUCACUCGCCACUGGCUCCAUCUCCACUUCCGUCAGCGUUAGGGGGAAACCUAAUGUGCUGGUGUAAGGUGGGUGUUAAAGGGGUUUUAACCCUUUAAUUUCUGUAAGGCAGUGUAAUGCAGAAGGACACUAUAGUGUUAAAAAAAUAUCUUUGUAUUCCGAACACUAUAGAGUUCCUAUAAAGGGACACUAUAGUCACCUGAACAACUACAGCUUAAUGUAGUUGUUCAGGUAUGAUCUACAGCUCCCUGCAGGCAAUCUAAUGUAAACACUGUAUUUUCAGAGUUUACAUUGAUUGAUAGGAAUACCUCCAGUGGCCGUCACUCAGACAGCCACCAGAGGGACUUCCUAUCAUGCAGGGCCCUAAAAAAGGCCUUGUGUGCGCGCCUUCUCUCUUCUGCCUGUCAGCAGAGGAGAGGGGGCGGGCAAAGACUGCGAGCUGAGCUGUCAGUCAGGUCAGCUCGCGGCCAGGCACACCGCGCGCAUGUGCGGUAGUGCGCUCAGGAAUUCAGAGGGCGGCAUUAAUGCCGCCCUCUGAAGUAUGUGCCGCGCAUGCUCCCAAAUGGAAGCGUCUGAUUGCUCGCGUCCGCCUAUUUCAUCAUUUUGACGAAAUAGGGGGCGCGGCUUCACGAGGCUCCCGGCGCUGGAACCAGGUGCGUCAAAUUUUUGCCUGGAGAGUCCCUUUACUAACCCUUUGACUUAUUCUGAUUAUAUGAUCUGGUUUUCACAAAACUGAAAAGGAAAUAAUUUAAUAAAAAAAUGUUUUUGCAACUCUUCUGCAAAUGAUUGCUUUGUUUCACAGACAUUCCUGUGAAAUGUUAACCCCUUAAGGACACAACUUCUGGAAUAAAAGGGAAUCAAGACGGAAUAUUUCCGUCAUGUGUCCUUAAUGGGUUAAUGAGCAUAUUUUUGAUUUAAUGAAGGACCUGCAUGUACCCACAAUCUUAUAAAGUAAUACACACAGACUGUGAGUCAUUCUGUGUAGAUAUACUCAAACCAAAUCAUAUACUGUAGUGGAGAUAAUUAUUAAUCUGAUUUAGCUGAUAUCGCUUUUUAAAAAUUUAUGCUUACUUAAUUUUCAAGAAGAAUAUGACCUCUGUGAAAAAGUAGAUCCCAGUAAAGAACAGAUAUGUCUGCUACUUCAGAGUGCAAUCACUAUCUUGGAUAUUUUACAGCACAGUGUAGUAAAAGUGGAUGUGGGCUGCAAUUAGUGUUGGCCAGUGGGAAAUCUAAUAUUAGGUAAGGGUGUGUUUUGUGAUUUAAAUAAAUACACCUGGUCAUAAAACACAAACUCUAUUGCCCCAGAAAUCAAACAGGAGGUUAAGGUUUAAAACUUUAUCCUGGAAUAUUGCAUCGUGGUUUCAAGAUCUGUUAUCAGGGACAAAAGAUCAUAAUCAGUAAUUGAAUGCAGCUUCUAUCGAAUUUUUGUGAUAAAAAUAGUUAAUUAAAAUAUAAUAUAAUAAAAAAAGUUGUGUUUUUUUUUUAUUUAAAUCCAAUUACUUUUAACAAAAUGCUUUUUUGGAUGACAAAUAUUUCUAUUUAAGAACUUGAUAGUCAAAAAGUUAUUCAGCUUGAACUAGGGAUUAGUAAUGUGGUUUGCUGUACUGCUCAUGUGUCAAUUCUGUCAAAAUAUGGAUGCCAUUGAGUGGCUGAGCAUAUCAUGUGUAGUGGUUAUACAGCUUGGACUACACAUUCAAGACCCAAAUAGCCAAGCCAGAUAAAUCGCUAAGUUGUCAAUUCACUGUUUAGUAAAUAACCCUAGAGCUCUUCGUGCCAGGAUUGCAGUAUCACCGAGCCAUGAACCAUUCAAUGUCAACCUUAAGGUAAGGCACUAAGCAGGACAGGAGAGCAUAAUGUGUCAUUGGUAAAGUAAUUACCAAAAUGCCAAUCCUAGGCAGGACUAUCCCUUCUAAGCAUGGGAACUUCAAUUUACUGUUUUCAUGAAAGGGGGAAUCCCCUUGUAAGAUGUAUGAAAAAGUACCUCGUAUGACAAUAACAAUAAAACCGUACUUGUGUAAACUGAAGGAGCCUUGUUUCUAACCAACUCUUCACUUCUUUUUCAGAGCCUCAGAAAAAUGGCGAUUAUAACGACUCAUCUACAGUACCAGUAAGAAUCUCCUUGAUUUCCUUUUCAUUUAAGAUGUUGUCAAUUACGGAUGAUUUCUUAAUAUCAAUGCUUUUUUCUUUUCUUUCUCUGAUAGACAAGAGGCUAUUCAGAAAAAGUAAGUCAAUUUUUCAUUCUAUAUCGUUGUACUUGUAGUACCCACGUACAGCUUGCUGUAUUAGUUAUGGUUUCAAAACUUAUCCCGAAAUCCCCAGUCCAGCAGGAGUUUGUGUUAAGUACUUUAUCCCCCCAGAGCACUUUCACACAUCACAAAGAAUCAAAGAAACUGCUCUGUAGGUUUCAAGUUACAAGAGACACACACAUGGAUGAAAUUGCUGUCCUGGGUCUGAAGGUCUGUCUUUAGCAGUGGUUUUUUUUGGUUGUUUUUUUUUCCCCUCGCUUUUUAUUUUCUAUGGUAAUUUUUUUUCAACAAUACAUUGUACAAGUUGUCAUACUUAACUGAAAGGGGCUUUGGUAUGCAGGAAUUUGUGGUGAUACCUCGAUUUAAGGGAUUCUUAAAGGACACUCUAGUCACCAGAACCACUACAGCUUAAUUUAGCUGUUUUGGUGUCUACUGCUUGUCCCUGCAGGCUUUUUAAUAUAACCACUGCCCUUUCAGAGAAAAGGCAGUGUUUACCUUGCUGCUUACUAACACCUGUAGGUGCAGUCACUUAGACGGCCAUUAGAGAUGCUUCACAGUGUAUAGCACUGACGUUCUGCAUGGAGACGCUGUACGCUUCCCACAGACAUGCAUUGAUUCACUGCACCACUAUGAGGAGAUGCUGACUGGCGCAGCACGGUUUUCUGCCGCACAUGCCCAAUAGCCUCCCAACGCUUUCCUAUGGGGAACCAUUGCAUUGGCUGAGAUGAUCAAGAUUGAUGAUCUCGGCCAUGGAGGCAGAACCAGCCACGGCAAAACUGGAGUGGCAAGGGAGAAAAUGUCAGUAAAAUCACCUUUCAAUUCUACAGAGGGGGUACCGGACACCUAAGCAGUUAGUUUAACACUAAAAUGUUAGGUAUAUCGGUUUGCAUUCUAUAAUAUUAUAUUGUUUUUCCUUUAUAUUUAACAAAUAUGCGUUUUGAGGGCUAAAAAUUUACAUUUAAAUGUUAAAAAUCUACACCACUUUAUUUAACUAUUUUAUUUUUCUUUCUACUGUGUAGUGUUCAGCAGUCAACAAACCUCCAGGACCAGCUGCGGCAUCUAUUGAAAUAGGAAGAAUGUUAUAAAUAGUACUAGUAUCACGGAGGACGUAACGCAAAUUGUUUGCUUUCCGGUGCAGAUAUAGAUUCCACUUUCAUCGCAGCAUGUGUUGGCUAUUACUUAAAGAAACACUCCGAGCACCAUAACAACUUCAUUGAAAUUAAGUUGCUAAAGUGCCAGGAGGUCCCUGGCACUGGCUCAGCUUAAGGGUGACUGGCUGAGAGGCAAGGAGAAGAGCACAAACUGUGUGGUUAAUCCUUUUGACAAUGGUUUAACACCUUAAGGUGAACCAGGGAUCUCAGAAGAUAAUUUAGAUAAAAUUGUUAUGGUACCUAAACUGUCCCUUUAAAGGAAACACACUUUUUGUCUCAUUUUUAUUUACAGUGUUCUAAAUUGCUUGUUGUUUACAAAGUCAGUGGAUUUAAACAUGAUACGUUCCCAUCACCGGCAUCAUCUACAAAAUGAAGACCUAUCAUCACUAACUCAUACUGUAUUUAAACAUUUUCCUUGAAAGUGGAAGAGCCAUAUAUGAAUAUAACUUGUUAAAAUGAAUUGCUUUGUCUAUGUAUAAAGAUAUGUAUAUUUGGAUUUGUAAAAUAAAUUGCAC